AUGCAUGGACCGUCGCAUCUUACCGUAUCUCCCCUCGUUAUUUGUAACACUAGCGGAAAUUCAAUCACUGUGAAUAUUUCGUUGGGAGAGAAGGAAGACGUUACAACAGAAGCCUUGAUCGAUUCCGGUGCAGCCGAAACGUUCAUGAACAUUCGUUUUGCGGAAGAAAACGAUUUCAUCAGAUGGGAAUUACCGAAACCGAUUACAGUCAUGAAUGCAGAUGGCACACCAAAUCAAAUGGGUACCAUUACUCAUUGCACCUGGAAGAUGAUGAAAAUCGGAGGAAGGAAGAUGCUUACUCGCUUCCUCUUGACCGGCAUUGGCAAAGAAAACAUACUUCUCGGCAUGCCGUGGCUUAAACGCCUCAAUCCGAUGAUCAACUGGGAAACCGGUGACUUUUGGUUUGGUAAAGAGGCCAAAUGGCCACCGAAACCCACCGUCGAAGACGCACCAGAUAAAGAAGUUUCGAUUUCCAAGGAAGAUGGACUCCCAGAGCUAAUCACCACCGAAACUUCCCCUACCUCGUUUGGGCAUUCGGAAUCUAUCAGAGAAAUCAUGACCGAUAACACUGAGCGUGGCGAGUUACCCGCAGUGCGGAAUGAUACCAAACUAGAUGACCUACCAUCAGAAUCCCCUAUGGAUCAGCUCGAUGACGACGAUCUAGUUAUAUCCUAUAUCGCAGGAGAGCCAGUCAUUGGGAUAUUUGAACCCAUCAGGAAGGAGUCACCUUUGACGAAUGAAGAGACUGAAACCGCAGUCUUCACCAUACGAAGAGGCCCCGCCAUUGGAAGAAUGACACACAGUACUCGAUCCCCAUUAUUCUGUAAUGCACAGAAUACGGUCUUUUACAAACCAUCCGGUAAAUCACAAGAAUUGGCACAACAGGCACACAAAGAAGCAUCAGCUGUAGACAAACCCAAAACCGUCGAGGAGUUGGUCCCCAACUACCUCCACAAUUUGAAGUCCGUCUUUGAAAAGAAAGCAGCUGAACGCUUUCCAGAAACCAGGCCUUGGGACCACGCCAUUGACUUGAAACCCGAUUUUAUUCCACGCGACUGUAAAGUCUAUCCGUUAUCGCUCAAAGAACAAGGAGCGAUGGAUGACUUCCUGGAAGAAAAUCUGCGAAAAGGAUACAUCCGACCGUCGAAAUCUCCCAUGGCUUCACCAUUUUUCUUCGUAGGAAAGAAAGACGGAGCACUACGUCCUUGUCAGGAUUACCGAUACCUGAAUGAAGGGACGGUGAAGAACGCCUAUCCUCUUCCGCUCAUCUCUGACCUUAUGGAUCAAUUCAAAGGCGCAUCGAUCUUUACGAAAAUGGAUUUACGCUCCAGAUAUAACAAUGUCAGAAUCAAAGAUGGUGACCAAUGGAAGGGCGCAUUUAAGACAAAUCGCGGACUUUUUGAACCUAUGGUCAUGUUCUUUGGACUCUGCAACUCCCCGGCGACUUUCCAAAUGAUGAUGAACGCACUCUUCAAGGACAUGAUCGAUGAGGGAUGGAUAGUCAUUUACAUGGAUGAUAUCCUCAUCUUCUCAAACGAUUUGGAAGAACAUCACGUUCGAACCCGACGUGUACUCCAAUGA